UAUUCAUAAAAAGUUAACCAAAGACGUGUUUGAAUUUUAUUCAAACAUAUAAUUUAAAAACCCAAAUCCAAAUGUGUGAUUUGAAUUUGCUAGCUUUGUUUCUUAAGUUUUUCAGUGUAGAUGGUAAUUUUUGCGUCCUGGUUAUGGAGUGGAGAGAAUAAAAGGUCAAAGGAGAGGAGCAGCAGCUCUCUUAGAGCAAAGUAUGCAUAAGAAUGAUCUAACGCGGGCCGGGCGCGGUGGCUCAAGCCUGUAAUCCCAGCACUUUGUGAGGCCGAGGCGUGUGGAUCACGAGGUCAAGAGAUCGAGACCAUCCCUGUCAACAUGGUGAAACCCCGUCUCUACUAAAAAUACAAAAAAUUAGCUGGACGUGAUGGCGCGUGCCUGUAAUCCCGGCUACUCGGGAGGCUGAGGCAGGAGAAUUGCCUGAACCCAGGAGGCAGAGGUUGCUGUGAGCCGAGAUCGCGCCAUUGCACUCCAGCCUGGGUAACAAGAGCGAAACUCGUCUCAAAAAAAAAAAAAAAAAGAUCUAACGCUAAGCAACAGGAAACGAGCUUGGAAAUAUGUUGAGGGCUGCUGGCACUGUACUCAUCAAUGCGGCUUCGAUUCCCAGGCUGGGGCUGUAAUGUAUGAGGGGGAGAAUGAGUCUGAGUCGCCGCUGCCCGGCAAGCUUAUUGCUGACCUUCCUGGGGUUGCUGGCUCCCUCCCUGGGGGAGGGGCCUAGCUCCCCGGAAGCACCUGGCAGCCCCUCCCUUCUUCCGCUUCCCGCUCGCGGUUGCUAGGCUAGCCGGGCCCUCACAGAAAGCGGUGGUUGGCAGGUGCGGCGAGUUUGUCCCCUUUCCCGCACGAGGCUUAGCCUUUGUACGUAAGUGUGGUAGCCGCCUGCCUUGCUGGGGCUUCUCUGCCGCACCCAUCUGUCCUGCUCGAGACAGGCCGCGGCGCGAAGGCGGUCGCACCCAUCUUCUUGGGAAGUUUCUGCUCCCCCUCUCCCUCCUACCCUUUGGAAACCCCCUCACCACCUGCCCCGGACAAGGUUUCUCUGAACCUUAAAUUCAGUUUUCAGGGCCCACUCUCCCGAUCCCCUGACCUUUUCCCAUCUCCCCCGAGACGACUCCGCCGCGUGUUCCCAUCCCCAUUUCUUUCACUUCUCUGUGGCGAGCAUCUCCCUUCUCGGGGAGAAGGAAGCCUGGGGCCAGCUCCUUGGGAAGAAGAGGCAGGAAGACCCGCCGUCCUCCCUGUUUCAGGUGCACCUCCGGCCUCGACGUGACCACCUUGUUUGGCUGAGGAGAAGCUGGGUUGGCAGGAUUUUCUGAAGUCAAGCGGGAGCUGGGGGGUUGCAGGGAGGUAUUGGCAGUUUUUUCACUUGUCCUGUUCUGGCUUUGUAGCUUCUCGUGUGUAAUCACCUGCCUAUUUGGAAAUUGGGCAGGGUUUGCAGCUAGAUGCUAACGUCACUGACUAGUCUUCAGUCCACCAUGGAGAAGUAACAUGUUCCCAGCCUUGGAAACGCAGCUAAAGCAGGAGACUCAUAGACUUCCUGAUCCCUAUGAAGACUUUAUGUACCGUCACCUCCAAUAUUAUGGCUACUUUAAAGCUCAAAGAGGCAGUUUACCAAACUCUGCAACGCAUCAGCAUAUUCAGAAGAAUAACCCUCGAUACCUGUUGAAUGGCUCUCUAGGGGAAAAAGAUGAUUUGAUACCAGACACCCUGCAAAAGGAGAAGCUUCUAUAUUCACACGUGCUGAGUUCACCACGUCUUAGGAGCAGACAGCUUCUUUAUGAUGAGUUGAAUGAAAUAAACCCACGUCUUCGAGAACCCCGAGAGCUCUUUUCCAUUUUGUCUACCAAGGGGCCACUGCAGGCUCCAAGAUGGCCAACUGAAUGUGAGGUCAUCAAGGAAAACAUUCAUCAUAUUGAGUGGGCUCCACCUCAACCAGAAUAUUUAUAUCAACCUACAGGAAAUGAAAAGGUACCAGAGAUUGUAGGAGAGAAAAAAGGAACGGUUGUCUAUCAAUUAGAUUCAGUGCCCACAGAAGGUUCCUAUUUCACCAGUUCCAGAGUGGGAGGCAAACGAGGAAUUAUCAAGCAACUUGGGGUCACGUUGCGAGGACCAGAAGAUAAUACUCUACUAUUUGAAUCAAGGUUUGAGAGUGGGAAUCUGCAAAAAGCUGUCAGAGUAGACACUUAUGAGUAUGAACUUACCUUGCAAACUGACCUCUACACAAACAAACACACUCAGUGGUUUUAUUUUCGUGUUCAGAACACCAGAAAAGAUGCCACCUAUCGCUUCACCAUUGUCAACUUGCUAAAACCCAAGAGUCUUUAUACUGUAGGAAUGAAGCCACUCUUGUAUUCUCAAUUGGAUGCUGACACCCGCAAUAUUGGCUGGAGGAGAGAAGGAAAUGAAAUCAAGUACUACAAAAACAACAUGGAUGAUGGGCAGCAGCCCUUCUACUGUCUCACAUGGACCAUUCAGUUUCCAUAUGACCAGGACACUUGCUUCUUUGCACACUUCUACCCAUAUACAUACACUGAUUUGCAAUGCUACCUCCUGUCAGUGGCAAACAACCCCAUCCAGUCCCAGUUCUGCAAGCUCCGAACUUUAUGCAGGAGCCUAGCGGGAAAUACCGUUUACCUGCUCACCAUCACCAACCCAUCCCAGACCCCUCAAGAGGCAGCUGCAAAAAAGGCUGUGGUCUUGAGUGCCAGAGUCCACCCUGGGGAAAGUAAUGGCUCCUGGGUUAUGAAAGGCUUUUUGGACUUCAUUCUUAGCAACUCCCCAGAUGCCCAGCUCCUCAGGGAUAUUUUUGUCUUCAAGGUGCUUCCCAUGUUAAAUCCAGAUGGUGUGAUUGUGGGGAAUUAUCGGUGCUCUUUGGCUGGAAGAGAUCUGAACAGGCAUUAUAAAACCAUUCUGAAGGAGUCUUUCCCUUGUAUUUGGUACACCAGGAACAUGAUCAAGAGACUUCUUGAAGAAAGAGAGGUUCUGUUGUAUUGUGAUUUCCAUGGCCACAGUCGUAAGAAUAAUAUCUUCCUGUAUGGCUGUAAUAACAACAAUCACAAGUACUGGCUUCAUGAACGAGUUUUUCCUUUAAUGUUAAGCAAAAAUGCACCAGAUAAGUUCUCUUUUCACAGUUGUAAUUUUAAGGUCCAAAAAUGCAAAGAAGGAACGGGGCGAGUUGUGAUGUGGCGGAUGGGAAUCCUAAACAGCUACACCAUGGAGUCUACCUUUGGUGGCUCUACCCUGGGUAGUAAAAAAGGCACCCACUUUACCACUGAAGAUCUGAAGUCCUUAGGUUAUCAUGUCUGUGACACCCUUCUGGACCUUUGUGAUCCUGACCAAACAAAGUUCACUCAGUGUCUAGCAGAGCUUAAGGAGCUUUUACAACAGAAAAUCCACAAGAAAUUCAAUGAACUUGGACGAGAUAAGGAUUUAGAAGGAAGUUGGAGUGAUAUCCCUUUGUCUGACAUUGAAUCCAGCACCAGUGGCUCUGACAGUUCUCUCUCAGAUGGUCUUCCUGUUCACCUAGCAAACAUAGCAGAUGAGCUGAAUCAGAAGAAGAUGCUUAAGAGGAAAAAAAAGAAGUCACUUCAGACUAGGAAACAACGAAAUGAGCAGUAUCAGAGAAAAAAGUUGAUGCGGAAGUUAAAGUUAACAGAAGAUACCGCAGAAAGGGCAGGAUUUGCUUCUACUCUCCAAAAGCAGCCAACCUUUUUCAAAAACUCAGAGAAUUCCAGUUCUUUACCAGUGAAAAAUGAAAACCCGAGGUUAAAUGAGACAAAUUUCAAUAGAAGAGACAAAGACACCCCCCUGGACUCAUCAAUGGUCACCCUGAUUCUGCCUAAGAAUAAAGAGAGAAUACAGACAAAUUUCAGUAGAAGAGACAAAGACGCCCCCCUGGACCCAUCAAUGACCACCCUGAUUCUGCCUAAGAAUAAAGAGAAAAUGCAGAAUAAGAAGCCCGGCUUUGCAGUAUCAUGCUUUCCAAAGAGAACCAUAAACUCCAGCCAGGAGCCAGCUCCAGGUGUGAAGCCAAACUGGCCAAGGAGGAGAUGCUACAAAGAGAGGCUGUGUGGCCACGGCGGCAUACCCAUCCUUGCACAUAUACACAUACCCAUUGGCUGCCAAGAUGGCUGCAGGAAAACAUGCCAUCCAGUGGACCUGGGCCAGCACACAGUAUCUUCUCCAGCCUUGGAAACUUACCUUCUGCUUCUGAAACUGAGGUUCCUGCACCUUUCCCCCUCCAUGGCUAUUGCAUGCCUCCAUUUCCAGUCCCGUGCUCCCUCUCUGCUGCCACCUUCCUCCCAGCAAACAGCUAUAUUCAUCGGGAGUGGUUCAGAAGCAAGGUUCCCGUGAAGCAGGGGUAGGAAGAUAACUGCAAACAAAUUCUGAACUCUCUUUGGUAGGUUUGUUUAUGUAAUAGCAUUGGCAAAUCAAUUCUGAAACUAUUUUAGAUGUAUUAUAUGCUUGAACAAAUGAAUAAAUGUGUUGAUGUUGCUAAAA